AGAUUGAAGCCACCCAUCCUUGAAAAUUUAAUUGAACACAAUAAAAUAUAAAUUGAAAAAAUAUUAUUAAAGAUGAAAACUCGAGAAUGUUUCGUGUUGAAUUAUCAACAACAGAUGUGUGAGUGAAUAAGAGUGUUUUUUUUUUUUUUUUUUUUUUCAUUCAUAUGAGUGAUUAACGUAGUUUAAAAAAAUUGUGCAUGUUCAAAGUUUCAAUCUUCAGUAUGAAACUUGUCGAGUGACAUUUUCCUACCAUUAUCAUUAAUUAUUUACAAGGCUAUUGAUAGACUGUUAUAAAAACAUUGACUGCGGAAUUGAUAACUUAGUUGUUGCAGUUCUUUGCAUUGAGUCAGUCGUCAUUGCAUUUGUAUAUAUUAUAUUUAUUUACAAGUAUAUUAUCAUUCAAGUUAAUUAACCCAAUUCUUUUGACUCUUAUUUAUAAAUAAGGAAAAAAUUAACAUGGAUCAAGUAUUACCAACAUGGCUUGAUAAUAAAUUGAUAGAAAAAAUUCUAAGAAAUUUCGAAAAUGACGAUUCGAUUUGUGUUGUUGAUAUAAAUUCAAAACUAGCCAGUGGUAAAGGUGAUAAUUUUACCAGUGAAGUACUUCGGUUAGUUGUUAGUUAUACCGUAAAUGAAAAAUCAAAAAAAUUAGUUAAAAAAAAAUCAUUGAUUGUCAAGGUUGCUAAUCUCACUGCUGGCAUGAACAAAGAAAUAAUUGAAGAAAUGGCUGCUGUUAAUACAGAAAUAAUAAUGAUGACAACAACAUUACAAGAAAUGGAAAAAAUUCUUGAUGAUGAUACUAAACUUGGUGGUAAAUGUUUGUAUGGACAAGAUAAUCCACCAGCUAUUAUUAUUGAAGAUUUAACAGAAUUAGGUUUUCGUUUAGCUGAUAGACAAGCUGGCCUUGAUCUUCAGCAUAGUUUACUUGCUAUUAAAAAUUUAGCAAAAUUUCAUGCAAGUUCUGUGGCAGUUGUUGAAAAGGAUCCAAGUUGUAAAAAAAAAUAUAGUAACGGAUUAUUUUUUAUUACCAAUGAAUUGAAAGAAUGGAAAAAAUUUGCUGUUAAUGCAAUGAAAUCACUUGCUCAAGUAGUUGGCUCGUGGCCUGAUCUUGGUCCAAAAUAUCAAGAUAAAUUAUUAAAAAUAUCUGAUAAUAUAUAUGAUUUGAUAGCCGAAAAAACUAUAGUCAAUGAAAAUGAAUUUAAUGUUAUUAAUCAUGGUGAUUUUUGGAUUAACAAUAUGUUUUUUCAUUAUGAUAAUAAUAACCAAGUUGAUGGUCAUAUUUUUCUUGAUUUUCAAAUUCCUGUUUACAAAUCUCCUGCAAUUGAUUUGAAUUAUUUUUUUCAUGGAAGUUUAUCAGAAGAUGUAUUUAUCAAUCAUCGUGAUGAAAUUUUACAAGAAUAUUUAAAUGUUUUAACAAUGACAAUGAAAAAAAUUGGCUGCAAAACUUUACCACCAAGCAUGGAUGUUUUAAAAAAAUUAAUUCGCAAAUAUGAAAUAUAUAGUAUAUUUGCUGGUUGUAUUUGUCUUCCAAUAAUAACAGCUGAUAAAAAAGAUGCUAAAAAUAUGGAAGAAUUAACAGAUAAAGAUGGACUCGUUGAUACUGUUUCUAAUCCAUUAUUUUUAAAACGAAUAACUAAACGACUUCAAGUGUGGGAUCAAAUGGGGUUAUUGGAUGUUUAAAUUUUUUUUUUAUUUUUAUUUUUUAUCUGUUAAUUUGUUAAGUUUUUAUUAUAGUAGUUGUUACUUGUUUGGCCAAUUUGGCAUUUAAACAAACAUACUCGUAUGUAAAAAAAAAAAUAAAUAAUUUAUUAUUAUAGCAAUAUAACAAUUUUAUAAUUUUCGUAAGAUGUUUAUUUUUAUUUAUAUAUACAAGUGAUGAAGGCAGUUUACCUAAAUAUGGUUGUUAAUGUCACUUGAUUUAAAAAUCACAUAUAUGUUUAAAAACUUGUCAUGCAACAUUACGAUAAUUAUUAUUAACUUUCAAGGAAUAUUAUAAAAACGAUAGCCUAAAGAAUUAUUUAGUUAGUUCUAACGGGUCUUUGUGAAAAGUCAGUCUUCCUUGGAAUUGUAAUAUUUAUAAAAAUUAUGAAUUAUAAAUCUAAUUAUUUAAAUUUUUAUUUAUACUAAAAA